CUGACUUCCAAAACAUGAAUAAUAAAUAAAUCAAUUACGAAAAUAACAACAAUUGAAUAUUCUAUUCCAUCUUCCAUUUAUCUACUUAAAGUAUAAACAAUUCAGUCUUUGCCAUAUUAAAAUAAUUAUAUCAAUUUUCGUACAGUUUUAGAAAAUUGUUUUCCCAAGUAAUAGUAACUACAGGCAAUAAACUGAAUACUUGAGUAGCACAAUUAGUAUAGGAACAUAGUAUCAUGUAUUUCUAUGCCUCUCGUGGUCAUAUCUUCGGAAACCUCUUAGCUGAUAGACUGUCAAAUCGAUUGUCUUAUAUAUAUGGCUAUACUGAAAGAAAGUUUCUGUGUAUUGACUGGCAUAGGCCUUUGGAGACCCGCUGAAUGGCAGGGAAUCAAAGGGACAUUUUACAACUGCUACACUUUACUAGUUCUUUUGAAUAGUAUCACUUUCAUUAUUUCUGAAUCAAUGGAGUUGAUAUUUUUCAACAAUGGUAUUUUUGAUUUCUUUAAUAAUUCGUCGAUGCUGAUAACUGUCAUAGGGAUGUGUGGAAAAAUUAUAACGGUUGUAAGCAAUCGUGGAACUAUUAUCGAAAUGAUUGAAAGGUUUAAUGGAAAUCCAUUUAGUCCGCGUGAUAACCAAGAGAAAAUUAUUCACAGGAAUUUCAACCAGAUGAUCAGAUUUAAUACUUUAGCGUAUAUAGUAUUUUUCGAAGCAUCUGUAACCGUAUAUACGAUGGGAAAAAUAUUUGAAGAACGUCCACCGGGGGUUUUACCCUGCAGAGCUUGGCUACCUUACGAUUAUUCAAAUAACAUCAUUAUUUAUUGGCUGACCGCUUCCCAACAGCUUCUUACCGUUGUUAUGACUGCCAACGUUGACAUUGCCUAUGACACUUUGUUUCCGGGGAUGAUGAUGCAAGUUUGCGCCCAAGUACAUAUACUCAAACAUCGGUUUCGUCUUACCUUGGAUGCUCUGGAAAAUGUUUCCGACGACAAAAUGGAUCCCGUCAUGGUCAAAACUGUCGAGAAAAAAUUUUUUUCCGAGUGUGUCGAGUAUCAUUUAGAAAUUUUAAGGAUGAUUGAUACAAUGAGUCAUGUAUUUGGCCCAAUGAUAUUUAUUCAGUAUUCAUUCAGUUCAAUAGCUCUCUGCAGCAGCGUUUAUGCUCUAUCUCAAAUGGUGCCAUUUACACCAGAAUUUUUUGGAUUGUCUGUAUAUAUUCUCUGCAUGUUCUUUCAAAUAUUAUACAUCUGUAUGUCAGGCGACCGAGUAACUCUCGAGUUUGCAGAACUCAGCACUGCAAUGUACACCACAAAUUGGUUCGCACUGAGCAAUAAUGCUCAAAAAUACAUUAUCAUUAUGAUGAUAUCGUCAAUCAAUCCCAUUGUAUUCGCCAGCGGGCACGUUGUCACUUUGUCACUAGAAUCAUUCAAACGACUGCUCAAAUUAUCCUACACUAUUUACAAUGUAUUCCAACAAUCAUCUUGAGUGAUAUGAGGUAUAAUAAGGAAAUAUUGUUUAGAAUUAAACUGAGUAAAUAAAUUUAUUUAGACUAAAGUUGUAACUUGAUCGUUUUUAUCUCGGUGAAAUUUUAUCAACGACUGA